AUGGGGUUGCAGCAGCGCCCUUUCACGGAGAGGAGAGAUGGAAGCAGAGCAGGAGGGGAGACUGAGAAGAAGAAGACGAUGGAUCGGUUUCACACUCGACUUAGGGUUGGUUGCAGCGGCGCCCUUUCACGGAGAGGAGAUAUGGAAGCAGAGCAGAGAUUACAUACACACUUGAAGUUGAGAAAAAUUGGGCGAUUGCAAGGAGGGCAUGUGGGUUCUGUUCCUAAUAGAGCCCCUGCCGUUCAAGCUCCAACUGGUCCACCUACCCAAGCAAGCAGUGGAAACUUGUAUGGGCAGUCAGUAUUGACAGCACCAGUCGCCUCACAAGUAGCACUUCAAGCUCCGUUUGGAGCAUCUGUUCAAGCUCUAUUAAUGAAUCAGAAUUGCAGACCUCUUGAUUUUGACAUUGUUGCCUACAGUGUAAGAGUGGUGUUUACAGUUCAUAUACAAAGAAUUUCUUUACUCUUCGCGUUCCAUCUGAACGGCUGUGACUUGUUCACUUACGCUCACGUACGUGAACAUUCCCUGCACUCGCAAGCCAUAGCUCGGUCCAAUAGAUGCGGAGAUGACUAUGUCAAAGAAGCAUGUAAUGCGACUCGCUACAAAGAUCUCUGCAUCAAUUCACUCUCACCCUUUUCUAACUCGGCGAAAAGAGACUCCCAUAGAUGGGCACGAGCUGCUGUAUCAGUCACAGUGGGUGAGGCUAAGAGGGUUACUCAGUACUUGAUCAACCAGAAGCAAAAUAGGAUUUUAAGAGGGAAGCAGCGAAUGGCUCUCUUAGAUUGCAUCGAAUGCUUCCAUGACUCGCUGGAUAACCUUUACAAAUCGCUUGGAGAACUAAGGAGCUUGAAGUUUAGUACAUUUGAUAGGCAGAUGGAGAACGUUGAGACAUGGGUGAGUGCUGCCUUGACUGGUGAGGAUACGUGCUUGGAUGGCUUCAAUGGUGGUAAUAAAGGGAGGGAAGUGAAAUCUCUCAUCUGUAAUAGGGUUUUGAAUGUCACUUACAUGACAAGUAAUGCAUUGGCUUUAGUGGUCAAUCUCGCAUCAGCUGGUGAAGGGAACUUUACCGGUCCAUAG